AUUAAUUUUCAGAACCACAUCCUGCAGGGAAGAUUACAAACAAAACAAGACCGCGUGUCCUUAUUAAAGUUUUGCGCGUAAUUCCCACAUUUAACAAAACACCACACUGACCAUUAAAGCCAUAAAUCAGGGCUGUUCGGUUUAUUAAUGUGUUCUUUGGGGCAGUGGUCGCGCAGUACAUAUAACUGGAACCUAAUGACACAAGGCAGCCUGCUGUUAUGGUGAAAAAUGGCACACCACAACUGAGUGCAGGGCCAUUUUAAUCCCGCAAGAUAGAAGUUGACGCGCAGGGAGCGAGAGAUUGCAGCUUGUUUAUUAUAAUCUUAUUAACUGGCGGCAAUUAACGCGUUUUAUUGCACCUUUAAAACACGAGGCUGCGGUGCAGCAGGGAGAGAUCAUUUGUCACAGUCAGUCAGUCAGUCAGUCGCUGUGUAUGUUCACAUCAGCACAUCUGGAAGUUUUUUUUGUUUUUUUUUGUGUCAAACGAGCUGCGGGGACUUCGGUGCUGCUGAGCGGGCUGACUGACGCCCCUUCUGCGUUCCUGCUCGAGUAAAAAAAAAAAAAGAAAGAAAGAAAAGGAAAAAAAAAAGGCGCAUGUGUGUUAUUGCUGCGAUGCGAGUUUGAGCCGCAUCCAGACGCACUGGCCGCCGCUGGCUGAUGCUCUCUCUCCCCCCUCCUCCUCCUCCUCCUCCUCCCCUCCUCCACCUCCCCAUCUUGGUGGUGGCGGUGGUGUUGUGCGCAAAAUCUCCAGCGCCGGACGGACGGACGCAGUUUGACGGUACAAACGAGCAGCGGCUCUGCGGAGGGGGGGAUAUCCAAGAGAAGAAGAAGAAGACGGGAAAAAAAACAACAAAACAAGAAGCCAUCCAAAAAAAGCAGAUAUGGAUAUUUAACGGGCAUUUGGGUUUUUUUUUUUUCUUUCUCUCUCUGUUUUUUCCCCCCCCCACUGCCCCGUGAUGUUCCUCUCGCCCCGGGGGUGUUAAUUAAACCUGCUCGAUGUCUCUCAUCAGUUUAUAACCGGAACAAAAUGAGGAUUUCUUCUGGCGACUGGUUUCUGUUGAUAUUCUCGGGCUUCUGGGGACUGGCGAUGGGUGCUUUCCCGAGCAGCGUUCAGAUCGGUGGUCUGUUCAUCAGAAACACUGAUCAGGAGUACACUGCCUUUCGUUUGGCAAUCUUCCUGCACAACACCAGCCCGAACGCCUCGGAAGCCCCGUUCAACCUGGUGCCUCACGUGGACAACAUCGAGACGGCCAACAGCUUCGCCGUCACCAAUGCCUUUUGCUCGCAGUACUCCCGCGGUGUCUUCGCCAUCUUCGGCCUGUACGACAAGCGCUCCGUCCACACGUUGACAUCUUUCUGCAGCGCCCUGCACAUCUCCCUCAUCACGCCCAGCUUCCCCACCGAGGGCGAGAGCCAGUUCACCCUGCAGCUCCGGCCGUCCAUCAGGGGGGCUCUGCUGUCCCUCCUCGACCACUACGACUGGAACAAGUUCGUCUUCCUCUACGACACCGACCGAGGAUACGCCAUCCUGCAGGCCAUCAUGGAGAAGGCAGGACAGAACAACUGGCAGGUCAGUGCCAUCUGCGUCGAAAACUUCAAUGAUGCCAAUUACAGACGACUGCUGGAGGAUCUGGACCGGAGACAGGAGAAGAAGUUUGUGAUCGACCUUGAGGCAGAGAGACUGCAGAACAUGCUGGAACAGAUUGUCAGUGUCGGGAAACAUGUCAAAGGCUACCAUUACAUCAUGGCCAACCUGGGUUUUAAGGACAUCAACCUGGAGCGCUUCAUGCACGGCGGAGCCAACGUUACAGGCUUCCAGCUGGUUGACUUCAGCAACCCCAUGGUAAUCAAACUGAUGCAGCGCUGGAACAAGCUCGAUCAAAGGGAGUACCCUGGCUCGGAUGCCCCACCCAAGUACACCUCAGCGCUGACGUACGACGGGGUGAUGGUGAUGGCCGAGGCGUUCAGGAACCUGCGCAGGCAGAAGGUGGACAUCUCCAGACGGGGGAACGCUGGCGACUGCCUCGCCAACCCUGCCGCUCCGUGGAACCAAGGCAUCGACAUGGAACGCACUCUCAAACAGGUCCGGUUGCAGGGAUUAACAGGUAAUGUCCAGUUUGACCACUAUGGCCGCAGGGUCAACUACACAAUGGACGUGUUUGAACUGAAGAAUAAUGGACCCCGACGGAUUGGCUACUGGAACGACAAGGACAAACUGGUUCUGAUCCAGGACUCGCCGCUGCUUCCAAACGACACGUCUGGCAUGGAAAACCGCACAGUUGUAGUCACUACCAUCAUGCCCCUGAUGAGGAACCCCAUUUUAAGAAACUGAGCCCCAGUUGGUGGACGCGAGCAGGAUAUGAAAAGCCCUUUAAUGGCAGAGUGACGGACACAACAACCCGAGCCAAAAUGAAGCCCUAAAGACUCUGGGCGAGAGGAGAGACACGGCACCUAUGUUAAUGGACACCCUGUUCAGAAAGCUGAACAAGAAAUGGAGCCACUCAGAGCCGUAAUGGAGCCCCUCGAGAGGAAAAUGAAAUGCAAAUGGAGGGAAAAAGUCUCUUUUAAGGACGUGGAUGGACACCCAUUGGGGCUAAAAUGCUCCUAAAAGCACAGUGUCUGUUUACUAGCAAGCUCCCACUACACCUGUUUGUGUGUGUUAGACUCAUACAUUGUCAUGCCCGGUGUGUUUGUGUGGCCAAUCACAGCUUGAAUCCCAUCCUGGUUCCUCGAUGAUCUAUGGACCCUGAACUAUAAAGCGCGGCGCUAGUAGGAUGUUGAAUGUACAUUAUGUCUAACUGAGUUCCUCUUUGCUCUAAAUCUGUCACUUUCUCCGUCUACCUGCUCCAGUGUGCAGUACAUUACACACUCUGAGGGCUUCCUGUAAGCUUUAAAACAGCUUAGAAAGGCUAAUGCGCUCAUAAUCAUCCAAGUUCAUAUCCAUCACGCUUUUAUGCAGCAUGAUAUUAUAGGUACAUUGUGACGGCUGCCUUUCACUCCCGCUUUAAAUGUUUGUCAGAGUAAUGUUUGUUUAGCAUAAACUUAAUGAAGUGUCUCAGUGUUAUAUUACAUCACAGCUGCCUGCGUGUCGUACCUACUUGUAGGGAGCCGCUGUGAAGGAGCAGUUGAACAUGUCUAGAAAUCAGCUUGGGUUUCGGUUUGAACUGCAGUGAGAUCCGCUGUAUCUGGCUGUAGAUUUAGAGGCAAAUAGUAGCUCUCAGCAAAACAUACCCCAGUGCUUCUCUUCACUUGAACUUUAAAAGAUCCUUGUAAGGCUUUUGCACUAAAACAAAAACAAAAGAAGAAGUGGUGAUGACCGUAUAGAUUUUCUGUCACGUUUUCGUCAACGCGGGAUGUAAGUUUAAGCUCAUACAAAGAAUUCAGGAGGGCAGAGGGCAGAGCAUCAGGCCACGUGUGUUUUGUUUUGGCGCCACACUGGAGUUCUGCACAAAUCUGACACAGAGAACCCAAAGCCAGAUCAGAGCUGCACCAAUCAAACCUGACCUGACUGAAAUCGGCAAGAAGUAACAAGUAUGAGACCUGAACCUUAACCCGCGACUAUGAUUUUGGAAUUGUGUUUGAUGGAUUUCAUUGAAAAUGUGUAUAGUUAUCAUCUGUCUUUGGUUUUAGGGUCUAUAUGACAUCUCAGGCCAAAGCUGCCUGGAGGUUGGCGCAUUAACAGUGAAGCUCCCAAAGACAAGCCCAAGACAAGACAAGUUUAAGUGCUGUCUUAUUGGCAGGAGGAGGCUGGAAGCUUUGAUGAAGUGGAGUCUUGGCUCUAAACCCCUCCAUUGCACUUUAAACCUGGAACACUGUCAGUCUGCCAAAGGGCAAGAGGUACAGUACAGUACAGUCACAGUCCUGCUGUUUUUAGAGCUUUGUUCAAGGAAGUCCUAGGAAGAUGGACAUGGCUGGAUUUUGUGGGUAGAUAUUGUUCUGGCAAACUAAAUAGCUGUUUUGUCAAAAUAUUGGUCAUCAUAUGAAUAGAUUUGUUCUCGUUACACUCACAUAUUUCCUCUUAUUUAAAAUUGCUUUUAGGCACAAACAGAAAUCUCUAGUGGUGCACGUGCAAAUAAUGAACAAGGGGAACAUUUUUGUUUUUUGUUUGUAUUUUGUCGGCAGUAACUUUGAGUAUUUCAUCAUGAUUAUUAAAUGUUCAGAUCUCCAACGGCAGGACAACUUUAUGCUCCAAGUACUUCUUUGUACUCUUGAUCAACAUUUCUAUGAACGAAAGUUCCAUUUGGGGACAUUCAUUUAGCUAGUAAUCAAGUUUCAACAUUUGUCAAGUAGAAAUAAAUAUUUACAAAACAUUUCAUGCAGUAAGAGGGUUCGCUAAGUCCAAAAAUUAUUGUAGUACAUCUAAAAAAAAAGCAGAGACAGAACAAAAACGUUGAAGUGGUUUAUACAUCAGUGUGGUCGUUUUUUCACCAAAGUCUAAAAAUUGUGCUUUGAUUCUCAAUUUUACUCAUGUUUUGAUUGCUGCAGUGACAAGUGACAAGGGUAGACUCCUCCAAGUGUGCAGGUUGCAUGUGAGGUUGAGGCUCAACUACAAUACCAGCAUUCAGUAAAGCGCCAAGGUGAAAUAAAACCCUUGACAAGACUUUGCAGCCCUGCAGCAUCCACUCAAGGGCACUUCAUGUGAAAAAAAGGACAGUGGACAUUUGCGAACAUGUUUUGUAUUUAUGCUGCCCCUUUUUAAAUGUCAUACAGCUGCGCCGAAUUCAAUAAAAAUGUAAUUAGAGCCUCAAGCGGCUCCUGAUGACCGAGACCUAGAAAUGAGUCGCUUACUGAAAAGGGUUACUGUGUGUUUGCUUCAUAAAAUCAUGUUUAUCUGGU